UCCUCACCGGCUCGCGUGAACAUUUGAGGUCAAGUCUACAUUGUGCGUCUACGACUGAUCAUCGCCAGAAACAUCCCUUUAAAACCGGCGUUUGGACAGCAAACAGACUCUGAAACGCAAUAGCAGGCAGAGCGACACAUUUAAGACAGGCGCAAUAAUAAAUUAACCAUGAACGGUCAAAUAAACGGUUUCCACAACUCCCUCAUCGAUGAAGACUGCUUUUUGUUCACGUCGGAGUCCGUCGGUGAAGGACACCCCGAUAAGAUUUGUGACCAGAUCAGUGACGCCGUGUUGGACGCCCACCUCAAACAGGAUCCUGAUGCCAAAGUAGCAUGUGAGACAGUUGCCAAGACUGGAAUGAUCUUAUUGGCUGGUGAGAUCACCUCCCAUGCUUCAGUUGACUAUCAGAAGGUUGUCAGAGAUACCAUCAAGCACAUUGGCUACGAUGACUCUUCCAAAGGGUUUGACUACAAGACCUGCAAUGUGCUUGUGGCUCUUGAGCAGCAGUCACCUGAUAUUGCUCAAGGGGUUCAUCUUGACCGCAGUGAGGAAGAUGUUGGAGCCGGAGACCAGGGCCUGAUGUUUGGUUAUGCUACUGAUGAGACCGACGAGUGCAUGCCGCUUACCAUCGUUCUGGCACACAAGCUGAACGCUAAAAUGGCUGAGCUUCGCCGUAAUGGCACUCUGCCUUGGCUGCGCCCUGACUCCAAGACCCAGGUGACCGUCCAGUACAGACAGGACCGUGGGGCUGUGCUUCCAGUACGUGUGCACACCAUCGUCGUGUCUGUUCAGCACGAUGAUGUGGUCUGCCUGGAUGAGAUGCGUGAUGCUCUGAAGGAGAAGGUGGUGAAGGCUGUUGUGCCCAGCGUCUAUCUGGAUGAUGACACAAUUUAUCAUCUUCAGCCCAGUGGACGCUUUGUCAUCGGAGGCCCACAGGGAGAUGCAGGUUUGACCGGCCGCAAGAUCAUUGUGGACACUUAUGGAGGUUGGGGUGCCCAUGGAGGCGGGGCUUUCUCUGGAAAGGAUUACACCAAAGUCGACCGCUCCGCUGCGUAUGCUGCCCGCUGGGUAGCCAAGUCUCUAGUCAAGGCUGGCCUGUGCAAACGUGUGCUGGUCCAGGUGUCCUAUGCUAUUGGAGUGGCCCAUCCCCUGUCCAUUUCCAUUUUCCACUAUGGUACCUCCCAGAGGACCGAGAAGGACUUGCUGGAUAUCGUGAAGAAGAACUUUGACCUUCGUCCUGGUGUGAUUGUCAGAGAUCUGGACCUGAAGAAGCCAAUCUAUCAGCGCACCGCAGCCUAUGGCCACUUUGGCCGCGAUUCCUUCCCCUGGGAAGUUCCCAAAAAGCUUAAAUACUAAAUCUGUAACCCCCCCUUCCUUUUCCUGGGCAGCAGGUGUGCAUUACAGAGAAACCUGCUUAAGCCCACGGAAGGGGGGAGAUGUACCAAAAUCCCUCAAUCCUAACCUCACACCCAUUCCCAAAGGUAAAUGUCCUCUCCCUGUACAACUUGACCUUCAACCCCAUUUCUUUUGCUGUGUUAUUUUUUAUUAUUUAGAAAGAUCUGUGGAUAUGGUGGCUUGCGUAGAUUUUGUUUGCUUUUUAAAGUUGAAUACGAAUGCCUUUUUCUCCACCCACCUUUCUUCGGUCCUUCCUACCUUACCUUACUUGCUUGAAAGAAUCAAGUGAUGGCACAAAUAAGGGUCAAAGGUUGUCGUGAUGCUAUCUAUGCAUUGCUGGCUGAAGCACUAACUAUAACUCCGCAACAUUGUGUUUUACCGACUAAACAAACCAACGCUUACCAUUUUCCAGGUUGGCCACUUUGAUAACGUAGAAACCGCCAUGAAUGGGAUCAAGACCUCUCGUGAAAUGUAGGCUGAAUGUCAAACUUUGUUUUUGGUUGGGUUUAACACAAACUCUGUUACUUUACAUAAUGCAGGGAUUGGAUUGAGAAAUUUUAAGGAGACUUUUACCCAAAAAAUGUGUACUGUCGUGGUGGCCGCGUCCAAGACCCUGCACGCCAUGUUUGUUUUUCUGACGUGAUACAGAGAAGUCAGAAGCUGCUAACAACCACCGUGGUUUUGCAGGACUCUUGACGUUACCAUUUCACACCCUCCUCCCAAACUACUAUAUUUUCAAUUGUGAUUCCACAUAAGACCUUCUGAUCGCUGUAAUGUGAUAUUCUACUAGACCACGGUGGGGGCAAAGCACUCCCCCUCUGUGCACCGCGAUAGCGGGCGUAGCUACAGAGAAGCCCUGCUCCCUCGCUGUCACAGAGGGGCUGCCUCCACCUCUUAAAUUGCUCCGUACUUGAAAAACGAAACCUAGUGUUUGCUCGGUGGUCCUCUUGAGUUCUGGCGUUGGUACAGAAAAGCCUGGAACCUCAAAGCGACCACCUUUAUUCUAUUUUGUACAUGAAAGGAAUUGUUUUUAAGGAAAACGAAUACUUUUUCAGUUGCGUGCCGCCCGUGUGGCUUCCCUCGGUGUCCUACAGAAAGCUGUGGGCUCUUGCCACAGGGGCCGGCCUUGGUAGCUGUGACCAUUGUUACUUUUUACAAAAGCAGUAGAUAAGACUGACCAUGCGAUUUCACGCACAUGUUUUAUGUUAAGGACCCCCAUCGUUCCCGCAGACAGAAGCAAAUCUGGCUGGUGUUGUACAGAGAAACCGGCUUCGUUUACAUGCUCUCUCUGUUGGGUUGCUUUGGGCUGCAGUCAUUUUAUAAUUCAUCAUCGUUUUUAUUUUUGUUUUGUUUUUUAAUUCAAGAGAUUUGGUGUAUCAGACUGGUUACUGAAAGAGAAGUGCCUUUUUUUCUGUUUUUCCCCUUCGUUACUCCUCUCUGUUCUUGCCUUUUCCCACUUUUUUGUUUACCUGCUCUCCUUCCUUCUUGAGUUACCUGUUGUGAUGCGUAUAAAUCUACAGCAAACUCCUUGAAAUUCCUUCCUUUCAAUGAUCCAUGAUGGUUCUGUCCUUUAUAUCCGUAAACUGAAUAAAAUUCUGCCCCUUAAACUGA